AUGAGGAUUCAACUGUGCCUGUUCGCUGCCCUGGCCUUUCUAGUAGUGGAGCUUCAUGCGGCAGCUUCGGAUGAGUCUUUCCCAGCCUGCACCAUUACAUGCGACAAGCAAUUAUUCUCCGACUGCUCGUUGAGCGGGAACAAAACAUGCUUCUGCGACAGUACUGCACGUUCCAACAAACUUUUGGACUGUGUUACAAGUAACUGCACGACAAUGGAGCUUUUUACCACUAAACGUUUGUAUGAAAAGACAUGUGACAUCACGCCGCUCAAAGGUCCGCCGAUGAUUAAUGGCUCAACUCUUGUGCCUAUGAUUCUGGCGACAUUUUUCUUCAUUGCCAGAAUCAUUGCUAAGGGAUGUGGUCUUGCUGGAGGAUGGGGAUGGGAUGACUACACCAUCAUCGUUUCAUACGUCCUUGGACUUGCGAUCUACAUCCUCAACAUCUACAUGAUCCGUUGUGGUUUUGGACAGAAUAUCUGGGAUAUCGUCCCCUCCGACACCAUCAGCAAGUUUUACCAAUACUUCCAGGCUCUUGCCGUGAUGUACAAGGUCCAGAUCUCUCUCGCCAAGAUUUCCGUCUGUCUGUUUUUACUUCGGAUCUUCCAAUCUCGCUAUUUCCGUUACAUCACAUACGCGCUCAUCGCUGUCAACGCGGCUAUCGGAAUUACCUGGGCAUUGGUCGACUCUUUCCGCUGCAUACCGACUCGUCUCACAUGGCUCGGCUGGAAAAACGAGGAGGCUGGGUAUUGCAUCAACUUUAUCGAUUCGAUUCUCGUCAACUGCCUGGCGAACAUUUUUGUUGAUACUGUUCUGAUCGUCUUACCUGUGUUUGAAGUCGCCAAGUUGCAGUUGCCUCUGCGCAAGAAGCUAACCGUAGCACUGAUGUUUGCUGUGGGAUCUGUUCUUACGAUCAUCGCCAUCAUCCGUGUCAUCGUCUUCUGGAAUAAUCGUUGGGGCUUCAACCAGACCGUCGGUUUAUACCCUCUCAUCUACUGGACCGUCAUCGAAUCACAAAUCUCAGUUAUGUGUGCUUGUCUGCCGGCAUUCAGAGCCCUUAUCGGCAGAUGGCUUCCGGGAUUCCUGGGUGGCACUUCACGCCGCACAUAUGCGACAGGAGGAGCGGAUUACUACCAUAGGUCUGGCGGGAACAGCAACAUCAACAAGUCUGUCACCUACGAGGUCAACUAUGGUCCACGAUCAGACACAAACAGUGAUGUGGAGCUGGUGGAUUUGGAUGGAAAGUAUCGGCGAUGA